AUGUCUUAUACACCACUUCCACGCGAUUCAAAAAAUCCGAUCCGGGGCCGAGUGAUAGAUGAGAAUAGUUCUGCUUCCGUUACUCGGGAAGGAAUUGUCGAUUAUGCCCUUGAAGACGUGUUGCCAGACUCGGAAGAAGCGUGGUACCUGAAACCACAGUUGCGAAGACUGAACUUUUUUUCGUUGUUUGCGUUGUUGAGCUCAGCAAGCUCUGGAUUUGAUGGCUCAAUGCUCAAUGGGCUCCAGUCUAUCCCCAGCUGGAGUCUCUAUUUCGACGGACUAAGCGGAUGGAGACUGGGCAUUUUGACGUGUAGCAGUGCCCUGGGUGGAAUCUGUGGUUCUUUACCUGGUCAUUAUUUGGCAGAUACUUACGGAAGGCGGGUUCCAACAGCAUUGGGAGCCUUGAUUGUGAUAUUAGGUACUCUAAUCCAGGCCUCAUCUCGGACAUACGAGGCCUUUUUUUGUGGACGAUUCAUCAUGGGAGCAGGGGCUGUUUUGACCAGCAUAGUGAGUCCGCUGUACAUAUCUGAACUUGCUUACCCUACACACAGAACCAUUCUCACGUCAAUUUACAGCAACACGUGGUAUGUUGGCUCCGUGCUGGCAGCUUUGAUAACACUUUUUUGCUAUCAAACUGGGGAAUCAUCGAACUGGAGUUGGCGAGGGCCUUCUCUGCUCCAAUGCUUCUUUCCAAUUCUGCAGCUUUCUUUGUACCGGUUUGUUCCUGAGUCCCCACGAUAUUUGAUCAGUAAAGGCCGAUCUCAAGAGGCUAGAGAUAUUCUUGUAAAGUUUCAUGCUGAGGGUGACCUCAAUUCCAUUUUGGUGGAGUUUGAAAUGGCACAAAUCACUAUAGCCAUCGAGAAUGAGUCUUCUGCCAGCAACACUUCAUGGCUGGAAUUCUUUGCAACCAGAGCAAAUAAACACAGAUUAUUUGUGAUUUCGUUUUUGGCCUGCAUGCAGCAACUAUCCGGAAAUGCUUUGAUUUCGUACUAUUUAGUUCUCAUCCUGGGAUCUAUUGGAUACACAUCUGCAGUGGAACAAUUGUGGAUCAACGUUUCCCUCAAUGUCUACAACUUGGGUGUUUGUGCCUUUGUUCUAUAUUGCGUGCACCGGUUUCGUCGUCGGAUCAUGUUUCUCACGUGUACCACGGGAAUGUUUUUCGUUUUUGUUACAUGGACCGUUUUAUCAGCCAAGUUUCAACAGGGCAACUACGAAAGUACGCUCUUGAGCAAGGCCAUUUUGACAAUGGUUUUUCUGUUUUUUAUGUGUUACGAUUUAGGACUCAAUGGAUUGCCAUAUCUGUACUACACAGAGGUGCUACCGUUUUUUCUGAGAUCCAAAGGGCUACAAAUUGUCCAGUGUUGGCAACAGGUCAUCAGUGUAUUCAAUGGGUUGAUCAACCCCGUGGCUAUGGACGCACUGCACUGGAGAUACUACAUUGUAUAUUGUUGUAUUAUUGGAGUUGAGAUUGUUGUUGUUUACUUGUUCUUCCCAGAGACAAGAGGGUUCACCUUGGAGCAGGCUGCUGACGUUUUUGGUGAUGGUGUGAGGCGAGGAGGAGCAGGUGGUGAUGUUGAUAAUGCUAUCGGCGACGGAGUCUGA